AAUGUUUACAUGGAAUCCAAGAUGGUGGGGAAGAAAGGAAAGAAAAAGAGCAAAGAGGUUAAGUCAGCUGUUGUGCCAUCGAGCGCAUUUGCCGCUGUUCCCACAUCGGUAACUGCGCCUGCUGCUAUGGCCCCAUCUACCUCAGGCAAGACCAAGCAGGUGGCAUCACCACGUAUCCUUGGCCAGCCCAGCUCCCCAGUGGAUGAGUUUAGUGAACCUGAGAGCAGUUUGUUUGACUACCAGCAGAUGGACGAGGCUGGUUACAUGACGGUGGGUUUUGGUACCUGGCCUACUAAAGGGAAACAACAAAGAAGUGGAAUGCAAGCACAACCUCAGUUCCGCAACUCUGGAUCUACAGGAAUUUAUGCAACACCGGGAGAUGUUGAAGUAUUGGCACAAGGGGACUCAUCCCACAUUGGCAACAUCUCUGAUCUCUACGCCACGCCAAUGAAGAAAAAAGGAAAAGCGAAACGAGACACUUCAGAGGUGGAUGGUGGGACACUGUCCAGAACACACCAAGCGGUUGAGACAGAGAUGAAGAAGAUUUAUAACAUGACAUCAGAGCCUAAUGAUACUAUGAAAGAAGUUCGAGCCAUGGUGCACCACUCACACCCAGGGAGUCACCAGACAGACAGUGGACGUGGGUCAACAAGACCUCAGAGUUUGGCUGAAGAAGAAGGUCGCCUAAGCCCAGACCUGGCCCACAUAUCUAACCAUACAAACCAGAGUAGGUCAGUGCAUGCGACCAUAUCCUCGCUGGAGGCCCAGCCGACAGAUCUGUUUGACCGCGGUCGAGGGAAGCCGCAGUUGCUGGGUAACGAAGUUGUGGAGGAGCUAAUCAAAGCUAGCAAAACAGCCAGUCGUUCAUCCCAUAUGCAGACACCUCGGAGCAUGAACCGAGGGCCAGGAGUGGAUGGAGAGGUGCAUCAGCUCAGGUCACAGAAUGAGGAAAUGUUGGCAGAGCUUCAUUCCCUCAGGAGGGUGGCGGAGGCUAUCAGGGAUGGGAAUGUGGAGAGUGCGCAAGCCUUGUACCUGCGGCGUCAGAUGGAAGACAUCAAAGAAGAGAACGACACCCUCAAGUCAACUGUCCAUAGACUAAAUGUGGAGCUCAGUGACUGCCUUGCUAAAUAUAGACCAGUAGAUUCAGCGCAGCUUAAGCAGGUGAUAGAAAUCAAUGGCCUACCAUCAAAAGGUCCUGUUCCAUCUUGGCUGAUCAACAAGAAAUACUUGGCGCCAUUGUUUUUAGCCUACGACGACCGCUUAGCAGAGAAAGACCAAGUUAUAGACGAAUGUAAGAAAGAGCUAGAGUCACUGAAGAGAAGAGCUGAGGAAAUUUUGAAGGAGAACCAACGGUUACGCAUGAGUGGUGGCAUGGGGCUACAGGCUAAUGGCACAGAGUGGCAACAGCUGCAGGAACAAGCCCGUCUGGUGCUGGAGGAGAACCAGGUGUUACUGGAGCAGCUGCAGGUACAGACCAACAAGUCUAAGGAGAUACACCUGUCCCAUAUGGCAGAGAUCUCCCGGAUGGCCAAAAAAAUGGCCCUGUCUGAGGGAGAGAGGGCAGAGGUCGAGCGGCAGCUGGACGAGAUGAGGGUCAAGUACAGGGAGGUCAAACACAAGCAUGAUCAGAUGGUGAUGGAGGUGGGGUCGCAGGUCAACGUGCACACUCACAUCAACACCAUCGCUGACCUUAAAAGAUCUGUGACAGAAGAGAAAGAAAGCUUUGAGAGGGAGAUGGAUUCACUUCGAGUUAAAUUAAAUGCAUCAGAAGAGGAGAGAAGGAACCAAGCCCUGCAAAUGGUGGACCUGGUGGCUGAGAACAAAAGGCUGAAAGCUGAGGUCAAGGCCAUGCAGAAAUCUGUCAAACACGCCCAGCAGAAGAUGGCAGUGCUGCACCGAGCUAUUGAGUUGUCUGAAGACAAGGAGCUCAUCACACAGGAACAACUGGCAAGUGUUAUCAAAGUGGCAGAAAAGACAGCACUAGAGAGGGACACAGUGUAUAAAGUGGCAAGAGAACACCAGGAAGAAGCCAAACAAACAGUGAACAGGUUGAUGCAGGGCAGUGUAGCAGUAGGAAAACUUGAAGAGAAACUCAAACUGUAUCGCAUGAAAGCAUCAGCAAAACUUAAUACAGUGGCUGAAAGGUUAAAAGAACAGGAUGAAGCUUUUAAUAGCAAAAAAAAAGAAUAUGAAAGAGAAAUCCAGUACUUACGACUAUUACUUAAAGAAAAAGAAGAAGUCAUUGAGUCUCUCGAGAAAGAUAAAAAGGACAUUGAGAAAGACCUGGACACAAUGUGGCAAGCUGCAUCGUGCGAGAACCAGCGUGUGAAAAAUAUUUUGCGCAGCGGUCCCAGAAAACUGAGGGACCAGGUCCACAUAACGGACGCCCUGAAGGACGAGAUGGAGAACGAGGAACUGCUGCACUUCUCCGAGGAUGAGUCGAGUAAACUCUGAUAUUAACUGUUGCGAUAGUGUGCUACAAGGCUGUGAUAUAUUUUUACUUCACGUUUAUUUUUUAUACAAGACUGGACAUUUAAAAAAAUUUUAUAAUGAUAUAUUGAACUUGUGGUAUUUGAAAAUAUCCCAAUUUUUUUAGUUAUACAUUUACACCAAAUUUAUUGAAAGGAAUCUCAACAGGACUAGAUCACUAAAGGCACAACUUUCUGCUUGUGUUUUGCAUCGAUACUGUAAUUAGGAGUAAUUGUGUAAUACCUAAAUCAGCUAGCUGUGCUUUAUACAAUUGUUUACUUAAAUCAACUUGAUAUGAUUUUACACAUGUUUUACCACCAUAGUUUUGUGAGUGCUUACUAUUUUAUUAGGAGGUAACUCUGUCAUUACAAGAAUAGUUUUCUUUUAAUUAUGCCAUAAGAUGACUGUAUUAUUUAUCCAAAAUUUAAUAGACAGUUCUAUUUUUUUUAAAACCAGUUUUAGUUGUGUUUGCCUAUUUUGCUAAACACUUUUUAAAUUGAAGAAAUAAAAAUAGUAAAUACUUUGAGCUAUAUGUAAUAACAGUUAGUGUUAAUAUAGCCCCAAUUUAAUUUUUUUUUUUUUUUUGAGGCUACUGAAUUACUACUAGAUCUACUAUCUGACAAAAACAGGACUAUCUUCAGGGUUUGCCAAGAAAUGCCAGUGACCGGCAAAAGAGCUUUCUGUGGCAGCCCCAUGUGUCUUGUGUACUUAAGGGAAAAGAUUAUCUGGUUUUUAAUUAUUAUUUCAAUACUUGUUAGUAGUUUAUUAUUUCCAUGAGUAUGCUCCCACUUUUAAUUUGACUUGUUACUUUUGUGAGGUUAUGUUUUUUUAUUUCAACUUAAUUUACUUCAUAGUAAUGUUAUGGUGGUAGUUUAAAGAUAGAUGAUUUGCUGGAUUUAUUCAUGUUUUGUUAGUUUAGUUUUACACUCAAUGAUUGAAGCACAUUGAUACCACAAAGAUCCACUUCAGCCAAGGUGAUUUUUAUGUUUAACUGUCAAAAUUGUCUCUUUAACUUCGUUCAUAUUUUUAUAACCCCACAAGUGUUGCCAAAAUCAAUGUACCACCAUACAAGACCUGUCUAGUGUCACUCUGGUGACCUAAUGUUUCUAGAUCUGGAUUCUGCUGUAAUCGUAUUCCAUACUUUAAAAUUUUUCUUCGUUGUUUAAAAUGCAUCUUUAACCAUUGAUGUUUAUAAGUAUUAACUUUAUCAUUAUGAUGUAAUCUUUAAAUGAUCACCUUGCAUUCAUAGUAAUACUAAAAAGGCUUGACAUCAGUAUCUUUUAGCAGCACAAAUCCCACCCCAUUUAUGCCCAUAUUUUAAAGGAAAGGUUGUGAAAUACAUUUUUUUUGGAGUAUACUUUGGUCACUUUAGAUUUUUAAGUAGUUUUUAUAAUUUUAAUAGUCCCACGUUUCUGAAGAUCUUAGCAUAAACUCUUGUAGUUUUCACUUUAAAGUGCAAUAUUUUUCUGAAAGAAAUUUAAGACAGAUCUAGAUAGUAUGUUUAGCUACUUAUGUUUAAAAAAUUGUGUUUAUAUGUAGGAAGCUGAUUAUUUUUUUGUCUCUUUGAUUACAUUUUUGAACGGUGGGUUUACUUUUAUAAAAAAAAACCUGUGUGAUUUAACUCAGAUGAGUUCUGAAGAAAAAUUUUAUUUACUUGUCACUUUAUGUAAGUUAACGAUUUAUCUCCGUCCAUGCAUACUUAUAAUGGUGCUAAUAUUCGUUAAUUGCCUUGUAAGAAAUAUUUUUAAAUACUCAGAGGUCAAUACAGAACGUGGUCCUUAACUGAAACAAAACAUAUAAUUAGAAGGCAGAUCAGUCUUCCUUUGUUGCAAUGUCACAUUUUAGACUCAUUUUUUUUAUCAUAUAAUAAAGUAAUUUUGGUAUCGUAUAUAGUGUAUGACAUGUUUAUAUUUAUAUAUAUAUAUAAUUAAAGUUUGAAUUAUGAAUGUAACUAUUGCAUUUGUGUAUGUAUAUUUCAUAAUAUACUGUUGAAAUUAAAUACUUUGA